AAUCAUUUGCGUCUGCAUUGUUUUGAUUUUGCAUGGCUAUUGUUGUCGUCUAAAAUUGUGCCCGUAAAAGCUUUAUAUCAAAGAAAUUUCUCAAGUUCCAGCGAAAAAAUACAUCACGAAGUUCAGUAACCGGCGUUCCCCAAGAUGUCGAUUGAAAUCGAGAGUGCAGACGUCAUUCGUCUGAUCCAGCAAUAUCUAAAAGAGUCGAAUCUCUACAGGACCUUGCAAACUCUCCAGGAGGAAACUGGCGUUUCCCUGAACACGGUCGACAGUGUGGAUGGUUUUGUGUCGGACAUAAAUAAUGGCCAUUGGGACACAGUCCUUAAAUCAAUACAAUCUCUUAAACUGCCGGAUAAAAAAUUGAUCGAUUUGUAUGAACAAGUUGUUCUGGAAUUGGUUGAACUGCGAGAGUUGGGCGCUGCUAGAUCUCUUUUGAGGCAGACGGACCCAAUGAUCAUGAUGAAACAACAUCAGCCCGAUAGAUAUAUUCAUCUUGAGAGCAUGCUUGGCCGAUCAUACUUUGACCCUCGAGAAGCGUACCCAGACGGAAGCACCAAAGAAAAGCGUCGGGCUGCUAUCGCCCAAGCUCUGUCUGGUGAAGUGUCCGUAGUGCCUUCGUCUCGUUUAUUGGCCCUACUUGGACAAGCCUUGAAGUGGCAGCAGCACCAAGGACUUAUUCCUCCUGGGACGACAAUCGAUUUGUUCAGAGGCAAAGCCGCCAUCAAGGACAUUGAAGACGAAAAAUAUCCCACUCAGAUGUCCAAGCAGAUCAAAUUUGGGCAGAAAUCGCACGUUGAGUGUGCAAGAUUUUCACCUGAUGGACAAUUUCUGGUCACAGGCAGCGUAGAUGGAUUCAUCGAAGUUUGGAACUUCACAACUGGAAAAAUUCGAAAGGAUCUUAAGUGUCAGGCUGAGGACAAUUUUAUGAUCAUGGAAACGGCUGUUUUAUGCUUGGCAUUCAGCAGAGAUUCCGAGAUGCUCUCCUCCGGAGACAAAGACGGAAAAUUAAAAGUGUGGAAGAUUCAGUCUGGGCAGUGUCUGCGCCGUUUCGAGAAGGCACACACUCAAGGUGUGACCUGCGUUCAAUUUUCAAGAGACAACAGUCAAAUCCUGACCGCAUCAUUCGACUCAACCAUUCGAAUCCAUGGAUUAAAGUCAGGAAAAACUCUGAAGGAAUUCCGAGGACACAAGUCUUUUGUGAACGAGGCCACUUUCACAGUUGACGGACACAGCAUAAUCAGUGCCUCGUCAGACGGAACUGUCAAAGUGUGGAGCGUGAAGAGCACCGAGUGCACUGCCACAUUCAAAUCUCUGGGAGGCACAAGUAGUGCUGUGGCUUCCGGGACCAUUGCUGACACCACAGUGAACAACAUUCACCUCCUACCAAAGAACCCUGAGCACUUUGUCGUGUGCAACCGUUCCAACACGGCAACCAUCAUGAACAUGCAAGGCCAGAUUGUGCGAUCUUUUACGUCUGGUAAGCGCGAGGGUGGCGAUUUUGUCUGCUCAACUUUGUCCCCUCGCGGUGAAUGGAUCUACUGUGUUGGUGAGGAUAUGGUGUUGUACUGCUUCUCGACCACCUCCGGAAAACUGGAGAGAACAUUGACGGUUCAUGAGAAAGACGUUAUUGGUUUAUCACACCACCCUCAUCAAAACCUGAUCUGUACGUACAGCGAAGAUGGAAUGCUGCGUUUGUGGAAACCAUAAACUCAGCAAUUGUAAAAAAUUCUGUGUGUAUGGACUAUACGUGCUUAUCACGUAAUUGACUUUAGGUAAUAUUGAUAAUAAUGAAUGUGGAGUUUUUAUGCGUAAUGUGUUUAUUAAAAUCUUCGAAAUAAUAUGUA